AAAAAAAAAAGCUCAGAGAAAGGAUAUAUACAUGAAGAUAAUGAUCAAAAUAAAAAUGUUAAAGAAUUAAUAGAUGGUGAAAACAAAUUAAAUGACAUAUUAAAUAUGAACUUGACAGAAUCGGAAAAAGCGUACCAUUUAGUUUUAAAAAAAAGAGAAAAACAAAGAAUUGAAAGUAUUCUAAAGGAAAGUUAUCGUGAUCGUUUACAAAAAUUUAAUGAUAAUUUGGCUUCCUUAAGUGAGCAUUUUGACAUACCAAAGGUAGGACCAGGAUAA